AUGAAGGGAGGGGAUGGAGGAAGGGAGUGGUGGGGGUGGAAGAGACCAUAUAUAGCAUUUGCUCAAGCCUAAUAUUUGCACAGAGUUUGCACUAUUUGUGAAACUGAGGAGAAACAAGACACACAACUUCUAAGACAAGGGGAGGCAUCAGUGAGAUAGCUACAAUGUCAGAACCAACGGCCACUGAGAAUAAGAGAACUCAUGCUACUUUGAGUGGGCGAAGAGCUAUUCCACCCAAUGUUUCCAAUGCAGAAGAAGACGAAGUACCUGAAGUAGAGACUAUUGGUUUGGUGCCAAGGGGAUUUAAGAGCGAAGAUAUUCUGGAAGUCGAAAGAGUCAAUGUAUUCAGCCGUGAAUAUGAAAUUAAUAAAAAGGAGCACCACACAGACAAAUACUACAAUUUCAAAUUGAUUGUGCGCCGAGGACAGACUUUCCAUAUGCAGAUUACAUUCACUCGUGCAUACAAUCCAGAGAAGGACCAAUUCUGGAUUGAAUACCUUAUAGGGCGAUACCCACAACAAAACAAAGGCACUUACAUCCGCGUCCCUUUGGUCCAAGAGCUGGAAAGUGGGAAAUGGGGUGCUAAGAUCACCCACAGGGCCAACACUUCUGUGGCCCUGAACAUUAUGCCAGCUGCAAACUGCAUUGUGGGAAAAUUCCGCAUGUAUGUUGCAGUGCUGACUCCAAUGGGCAUUCUCAGAACAAGACGAAACCCAGACACCGAUACUUACAUAUUGUUCAAUCCCUGGUGUAAAGAGGAUGCGGUGUUUAUGGAUGAAGAAGAAGAAAGGAAAGAGUAUGUCCUGAAUGACCUUGGAGUUAUUUUCUAUGGGAGCCCUGAAAAUAUACGAUCAAGAAGCUGGAACUAUGGUCAGUUUGAAGAGGGUGUUUUGGAUGCUUGCCUGUAUUUGAUGGACAGAGCACAACUGGACCUCUCCGGCCGUGGGAAUCCUAUCAAAAUCAGCCGUGUUGGCUCUGCUAUGAUCAAUUCUCAAGAUGAUAAUGGUGUGGUUUAUGGGUCUUGGGACAACAUUUAUGAAUAUGGAGUAGCACCAUCAUCCUGGACAGGAAGUGUAGACAUUCUAUUGGAAUAUUAUAGUACUAAGGAGCCAGUGCGAUAUGGGCAGUGCUGGGUCUUUGCUGGCGUUUUCAACACUUUUUUGAGGUGUCUAGGAAUUCCUGGACGAGUCAUCACUAACUAUUCUUCAGCUCAUGAUAAUGAUGCCAACUUACAAAUGGAUGUGUUUAUGGAUGAAUAUGGAAAGGUGGAUUCCAAACUCACAAAAGAUUCAAUUUGGAAUUAUCAUUGCUGGAAUGAAGCUUGGAUGUCCCGACCUGACCUUCCUGUUGGUUUUGGUGGCUGGCAAGCUGUAGAUAGUACUCCUCAAGAAAACAGUGACGGCAUGUAUCGGUGCGGUCCAGCUUCUGUUCAAGCCAUCAAGCAUGGACAUGUCUGUUUCCAGUUUGAUUCACCUUUUGUUUUUGCAGAGGUGAACAGUGAUGUUAUAUAUUCAAAAGCAAUGAAGGAUGGGUCUAAAGUGAUUCAACAUAUUGACAAAACCCAGGUUGGAAAAUUAAUUUUGACUAAGGAAAUGGGUUCAAAUAAAAUGAAGGAUAUCACUGAACAUUACAAAUUUCAAGAAGGCACAGAAGAAGAAAGACUGGCCCUGGAGACGGCCUUAAUGUAUGGUGUUAAAAAAACUGUGACUGAGGACAUCUCAUCCAGUACGGAGGUUGACAUGAAUGUUGUGAUAGAAGAUUCAGUUCUUGGCAGUGAUUUCAAUGUCACAAUUACUUUCCAAAACAAAACAUCAAGACACUACACCGCAACGGCUUAUAUUUCUGGCAAUGUUGUAUUUUAUACUGGAGUCCCAAAGACUGAAUUCAAGAAUGACAGCUUUGAUGUGACCCUAGAACCCAUGAAAGCUGAAACUCUUGAGGUGCUCAUCGAGUCAAGCGAGUACAUGAGCCAGUUGCUGGAACAAGCUUCCCUACACUUCUUCGUCACAGCCCGUGUCAAUGAACUACAAAAGAUCCUGGCCCGGCAGAAGACCGUUUCGCUUAAAAUCCCACAAUUGCACCUCAAGGUUCCUGGAGAGAAAGUUGUUGGUAAGGACAUGACAGUAAUAGUCGAGUUUCCCAACCCUCUGAAGCAAAAUCUCACCAAUGUCUGGGUCCGACUUGAUGGCCCUGGUGUGCUAAAACCAGUCUCAAAGUUAUUCAGAGAGAUUGCACGGAAUUCAACCUUAAUCUGGGAAGAUAAAUACGUUCCAAAGCAGCAUGGCUUCCGAAAGUUGAUUUCAAGCUUGAAUUGUGAUGCCUUACGACAUGUCUAUGGCGAGCUAGACAUCAAUAUUCAGAGUGCCAAGUAAAGAUCUUCUCCUUUCUUUCCUUUUUUUUAAAUUCAGUAAUUCCACCUUUCAUGACAGGAAAGUAAAAGAAAGAACUGCAUUUUCAAACUUCUGCUAUAAUCCAGAAGUUGCCAAACAUAUAUUCUGCGCAUAUGCUUUCUAUUUUUUUCCCCCAAUUUAUUUUCAGAGGGGGUUUUUUCCACUCAAAAUGAUGAAAGAUCAAGUUCAUAUAAACAUAUACAAAUAUCCACCCAUUCAUUUACAUCAUUCCUUUCCUCAAAGUUAAUUACAUGAGGUACAUAAUCCCCACUUUUGUCACAAACAACACUGUAAAAUCUGUUGAACCAAGGGAUUGUGAUUAAACACUAAGCCUCAAACUCAUGAGAUUUUGAUUGAGAGUAAGAUAGAUGGCCCAGAAGCAAUUUAAGUCCAAGUCUCCUACUUCCUGAUACAACGCGCUUUUUUUUUUUAUCACAACAAUAUAUGUAGGUAUCAUACAAAAGAUUAUAUAGUAUAUAAACACAUAUAUGAGUAAAUAUAAGGAGGUAUAAGCAUAUAUAUAGGAAGAAGAAAAGAAAAAAAACAAUAGGACAGGAACGGUAGGCACGUUUGUGCGCUUAUGCAUGCCCCUUAUGGUCCUCUUAGGAAUGGGGUGAGGUCAAUAGUAGAAAGUUUUUGGAUAAAACUUUUAGGAUUAUGGGAAGAGACCACAGUCAGGUAAAGUAUUCCAUCGUAUCAAAUUAAACAGCAACAUUUACAUACACUGAUUUUCUUUGCCCAUCGAUGUCUUUGCUGAGAUUCAGCACUGGACUGAGUCUUCUUUUGUCCCAAACUGACAUAAACAUUACUAAAAGACAAUAACUGGGCACCAAUAAAAAAACCAAACAGAAUUAUUUCAACAGACAACAGAAAAUUACUCAAUAUGAAUAAGUUCAAGUGAUAAUUAGUUCCCAACUAAUAAUAAGAAUAUAUGCUGUUACAAAUUAAAAUCAGAACAAUUUUAAAAUAUUUCAGCUUCUAGAGCAUUCUGAAUGUUUAUUUUAAUUAAAACUUGCUAUCCCAUAGAUACUUUGAAAGAGAGAGAAAAAAUCAGGGCAAUAAAAUGUUCUCUUUGUUGUCUUUUAUUCCCAACAAGCUUCGAUGUGUGCAAAGUGAGAGUUUGAUUCUGAAAACAUAGGUUGAAUUUUUACUUUCUCCCCCUGCCUUUCAUUAUAACUUGAUUCUUACCAGCAUUUUGAGCACUGUCUGUCGAGGCCUGUUGUGUAGAAGCCACCUUGCCUUUCAUGGGGAAGAGUUAAAGAAGUCAUGAGAUUUGCUUUAGCACUUCUGUUAGCGAGUCAUAUAUCCAGAGGGCAUCUUUGAGAUUUCGCUGAGAAUAGAAGCACAGCUGCAGCUAUGCUUGAAGUGGGCGAAAUCAAAAUCAGAACAAUGGUGGAUGAGAUGCUCUGUCCCUUUUGAAUGGCCAUGCAGCUUCAGAGUGGAUUUGAACCUCCUCUCAACAGUCAAUGCAGCUGCUCAGAUACAUUCCUUUCAGUGGCUUACCAGCAAUUUCAGUUGCAAAUAUUAAUAUGAUUGGUCUAUCGGGGUAACCAAAGUAUUCUGAGAUAGGUGGUGUCUAAUUGUGACUAACUAUUGCCGUUAAAUACAUACAAAUUGUGGGUUGAACUUGCUAGAAUAUCAAUUGGCCGUGAUUACUGAUUGCUAGCAGAGGCAUCUAGGAUGAUAUAUAAGAGGAAUAAAAAGACAUCCCAUCCUUAAAGGCUAUCCUAUCUGUCCUUGCAUGGCUCAGUGCCUACUUCACGUCUCUGUUUUGGUAGAAAUUGCAAGGGGUUAAAUCCAACACUGGGACACCGAUCCUCAAGCUGUGUUCCUUUAUAGGCAAGAUCAGCCAUGCUGUGUUAUUAAGCAAAUUUUAAGAAAUCUGCUCUAGAUUUUCAAAAUCAUAGAAAUUUGCUUUCUUGAAACUUACAAGGUGACAUUAUCCUAACCAACUCUGUUCUCAAAGAGCUAAGUAGAACCAUGGUUACUAUUUGGAUGGGAAGCUAUCAGAACAACUCAGAAGAUGACAUUAAAAAAUGAAUUCUGUAUUGUUACCAACACUGUAAGAGGGCAGCCAUGUAAGUCUAUGCAGGCAGUCCUUGAUUUAUGAUCAUAAUUGAGCCCAAAAUUUUCAUUGCUGAGUGAGACGUUUGUUAAGUGAAUUUUGCCCCAUUUUAUGACCUUUCUUGCCCAGUUGUUAACUGAAUCACUGCAGUUGUUAAGUUAGUAAUAUGGUUGUUAAGUGAAACUGGCUUCCCCAUUGACUUUGGUUGUCAGAAGGUUGCAAAAGGUUACACCACGUGACCUUGGGACACUGUAAUUAUCAUAAAUAUGAGUCAGUUGCCAAGCAUCUGAUUUUUGAUCACAUGACCAUGGGGAUGCGGCAACAGUCAUACGUGUCAAAAACAGUAAUAAGUCACUAUUUUCAGUGCUGUUGUAACUUCAAAUGGUCACUAAAUGAACUGUUGUAAAUUGAGGACUACGUAUAGAGCCAAAAAAAUCAGGAGGAGUCUAGUGGCAGAAUAAUAUGUUUUACUGAAAAGCAACUGAGCUGUAACUCAUAAAAGCUUUUGCCUUUUAAUAACAUUUGUCUGAAAAGAUACUACCAGACACCUACUGUUGCCAAGAAAACUAUAUCGCCAGACUCAUGAAAUUAUUAGCAGUUGAGCUUGGCAAGGAAGACUUUACUUUUUCCCAAUUAUCAUCAAAAUUAUUUAUUUUGACCUGAAGCCAAACCAUUGUUUCAGAAGAAAAGUUGCUUGUGGAAUAUUCUACUUCAAGUCUCAAUUUGAGUUGGCUGAUAAUAACAUACUGUACCUUGGAUGGAAUUUGCGGGAACAACUUAAGACCCCAGCAAGGCAAUUUUAAGUGGUCAUUGAUAAUGAGCCUCUUUUGAUAUGCCAUGAGUUUAUUCCUUUGAGAAAUUAUCUAAUUAAGUGCGCAUUGUUAAUGAAGUCAGUUUGUAUGUAAAAUUUGAUUAUACUGCUUUACACCAAAGUCAGCUAUUGUUAAUCUUCUUUUCACUUGUGUCUUAAAAGCUUAUAUCUAAGGAUAUUUACCCAAGUAGUAUGGCUGUAUUACUAUUAUCCUUCUCAUCUCUUCUACCAACUUCUCUUAUUGGUAUUUUAGGAUUAUAUUACUUUGUUGUUUAUAUGUAUACUGAAAGCCUUUGCACAAAUUCCUUGUGUGUCUUAUCACACUUGGCCAAUAAAGUAUUCUUUUCUAUUCUAUUACCACAAACUAAUGCAAUAAAAGAAUCACCUUGCCUGCA